AUGGUUUCGUCCGUAUUGGUGUCCAACCACUCUCCUUUAGCUACCUUCUUGUUCUUGUCGCUCUUCUUCGUCUACACCACAUCAUUUCAUGGUGCAAGCGCUUUUGCAUCCUCUACUUCUUUGUUCACUGUCAACGCAACUGAGAAUAAGGAUGAAGCAAAAGCUCUCUUGAAUUGGAAACCUACUCUUGACAAUCAUAGCCAAUCUCUCCUCUCUUCAUGGUAUGGCAACAAUCCUUGUGGCUUUAUUGGUGUCACUUGUGAUGACUAUGGAGCCGUCACCCAUCUAAACCUUUCCUAUCUUGGUUUGAGAGGAACUCUAGAUGGCCUUGACUUCUCGCGCAUAACCAAUGUGGUUAGCUUGGAACUUGGCGACAACUCAAUCUAUGGCUCCAUCCCCUCAAGUGUCGGUAACCUUUCCAAACUUAGCUCUCUUCAUCUUUGUGGCAAUGAAUUGUCUGGGAACAUUCCUUCAAGUAUAUCCUUGACUUCCAUUGAUAUAUCUUACAAUGACCUCGAAGGUCCUCUCCCAAAUGUCAAGGCUUUCAUUGAGGCUCCAUUUGAGGCACUUCAGCAUAACAAAGGGCUCUGUGGAAAUGUUGUUGGUUUACCAAAAUGCAAUUCUACCGUGAGCAAGAAAAGCAUUAGACGCAUUAAUACUAGAAUCAUCAUUGUCCCAAUUCUCUCGUUAUUGGGGUUUCUCCUUCUCUCUUGCACGUUGACCGUUCUUGUCAUCAUCAAUCACCGUCGAAGAAGGAUGAUUAAGAGAGAGAACAAUGAAUGGGAAAAUGAUUUAGAUUUUAUGCGUAUCUUGAGUUAUAAUGGCAAGGUUUUCUAUGAUCGAAUCGUCAAGGCCACGAGAGGAUUUGACUCCGAGUACUAUGUGGGUGAAGGAGCAUAUGGAAUUGUUUAUAAAGCCAAGAUAUCAGAAGAUCAAACGGUUGCUGUCAAGCAAAUCUCAUCAUCUCGGGAAAAUGGCGAGCUUGUCGAUUUGAUACCAUUUGAAAGGGAAAUUCAAGCCUUAAGAAAUAUACGCCAUCGCAACAUUGUGAAAUUUUAUGGGUUCUGCUCUCAUGCCCAACAUUGUUUUUUGGUGUACGAGUACAUGGAAAGAGGGAGCUUGAGAACAAUUUUGAACGAUGAUGAAAGAGCAUUAGAAUUUCAAUGGGACAAGAGAGUAAAUGUGGUCCGAGGAGUUGCGGAUGCAUUGUCCUAUAUGCAUCAUGAAUGUUCGCCUCCUUUGAUUCAUCGAGACGUGACCAGUAACAACAUUCUAUUGAAUGCCGAUUAUGAGGCUCAUGUUUCUGAUUUUGGCACUGCAAGACUAUUGAAGCCGGAUUCAUCAAACUGGACUGCUAUUGCUGGCACCAUUGGGUACAUUGCUCCAGAGCUGGCUUAUUCUAUAGUUCCGACUGAAAAAUGCGAUGUGUAUAGCUUUGGAGUCAUUGCAUUAGAGACAAUCAUGGGAAAGCAUCCAGGAUAUCACAUCUCUUGGGAAUGUUCAUCUUCCACCCAAUCUGAGUCGCCAAUAAUGUUAAAGGAUGUGCUAGAUCAUCGUCUCUCACCUUCUAGAAUUUGUCUUCAAGAUGCACGAAACGUGGUCUUGAUCACCAAGCUAGCGUUCGCAUGCUUGCAAUCUGAUCCGCAGCUGCGACCGACUAUGGAACAAGUCUCGCGUGAGCUUUGCGUUCAAGAACCCAUGAAAAUGCCAUUCUCUGCAGUCAGCUUAGAGCAACUUCGCAAUCUCAGUGUUAAGAAAUUUGGAGCAUUCACUGGAGAUGUUUUCACUAAUCCCAACAAUGUGAUUUAUGAUUUUCAAUACAGAGCAAGCUUCUUUGUGAACAUCAUAGGAAUAGUGCAAUGA